AUGGAAAUCAAGACAUUUCGUCAACAAGUUUCGGAGGGAACUGAGAGACAGUUUUUUGUCGAACGAGUUGAGACAGUGCUGUUUGAACUGUCGCAUAAGGCCGAGAAAAAAGCUGAUGAGAAUAAAAUUGCACGAGGAAUUUUUGACAACCCCGAACGGUUCCACUGGAAUGGUGAACAUCGAACAGCGCGCGCCGCUGCUGAUCACCUACAAGAGGAAAAAAUGACAAGUCAGACAAGAAGAGCCUAA